AUGGCGUCUUCAUCGAAUGUAAUUCCGGAGAAGAAAGUUGAUUCUUCGGCGCAACAUCAUCAUCAUCAUCACGCGAACAAUAACAACAACAACAACAACAAGACGUCUUCUGAUGUCGUUUCGUCCUCCUCCUCUCGACCGACGGAUGCGUUCAGCGCGUUACUUCGAGAUUUAUGCGCGAGACCGCCGAAAAACAAUACCAACGCGCAUCACAGCAGCAACGAGCAGAGUUCUUCGAGAUACAACAACAACACGAAGAACGCUAAGAGAAGGAGUUCGUCGUUGUUUUUGUUCUCGCAAAACAGCCGAGAAUUGACCGGGGAAUUGUUCGGCGUCGGUUUUGACGCCGCGAGCACGCGCGAGAAUAAGUCGUUGAAGAAAAGUACCGUUUCCGUGGCGGCGAAGAAAACAAACGCGACGAGCGAUAACGCCGGCAGGUUUUACGGAGUCGCGAAUAACGACGAAGAUGAUUCCGAGAAUUCUGACUCGAGCAGCGAAGAUGAGAGCAGCUCCUCGGAGGAAGAGUAUUCGGACGCCGACGGUGAUGAGAAGAGCGACGGAGAAAAUAGCGAGGACGAGAACGAUGAUGAUAACGACGACGAGGAAGAUUUCUUCCUGUACGGAGCGAGGAGUAAGAAGAAGAAAAGUUUACUCUUGUUUCGAGAGAAACGAGGGAACGCGUUGAGAGAAUACGUCGAAGGCCAGGCACGGGAAGCGUCGACGAGUGCAUUCGCGCAGUUUACCAACGAUGCGCACGAGAGGAUUGAAAAGUUAGCCGGAAGCGUUAUUUUGAGAGAACGGUUAGCCGCGGUGGCGUGCGUGGACCAGUUGUGUUCGGUCGAGUUUGGCGAGGAGGUCGAGAAAGUUACCAGGUUUGCUCGGUAUUUGAGGACAGCGGUGACAACGAUGCGACAAGGACCGGAACCGGUUUUAGCGAGUGCGGCGAGUCAGGCGUUGGGGAGGUUGGUGGCGACCGGAGGCGCGGUGACCGCGGAUAUCGUGGAGGAGGAGGUGAACAGAGCGUUUAAAUGGUUAAAAAAUCCCGUACGGGAAGAGCGAAAACGGUUUGCCGCCGCGUUGACUUUGAGAGAGUUAGCCGCAAAUGCGCCGACGGUGUUUAACGUGCACGUGCCGCAUUUCAUCAAAGCCGUGUGGCCGGCGUUGCACGAUCCGAGUUUAGACGUUCGAUUGGCCGGCGUGUUGGCGUUACGAGCGUGUUUGAUGGUUAUCGAGCAAAGAGAGACGAGAUAUCGCGUCCAAUGGUAUUAUAAACUGUAUGAAGAAGCGAGAAAAGGUUUAGAAGCUCCGUUGACUCCGGGGAAUUCGACGACGACGCCGUCGAAAUCUGGCGGCGGCGGUGGCUCUGCCAAGACGCCUCAUAGCAGUAGCAGUAGAAAGACGCCCUCGGACAAGCACUCGCCGUCGGCAAAAAAAGUGCACACGAACGCGCAGUACAACGAUCGUCCAGAAAAAAUCCACGGUUCUUUACUCGCGCUCGGCGAACUGUUGCGUCACACGGGCGAGUUUAUGCUUUCUAGAUAUAAAGAGGUUGCGGAAACGGUUUUGAAGUUUUAUCGAUCCAGACGUCUCAUCGUGAGAAGGUCGGUGAUUGAUUUGAUUCCAAAGUUAGCCGCGUUUUCACCGAGAAGGUUUGCAGAUUCGUAUUUACCGCUAGCGUGUGGGGUUUUGCUUACUUCUAUUCGAGCGCAAGGCGAAAGAGAUGCGGGUUUCCUAGCACUCGGUGAUUUAGCGAAAGCGUUGGAACCGGCGAUGCGCGCGGACGAACUCAUGCGCGUGCGAAGGGCGAGAGAAGAUAAUAACAUGACGAGCUCGAGCUACUACCCCACGCAAGGACAACACGUGCUUAGCGGUGGUGGUAUUUCCAGUCAUCGAGGCACGCCGCAGUUGAUAGUAAAUAGCAACAGUACGACCACUCCGAAUGCUCACAACAGAGGAUACGGCGGCGGCAGCGGAGGCGCGUCGCCUCUAGAUAGAUCUCGAUCUGGGACGCCGGCGAACGGCUCAAAUUACAGCAACCAACAACAUCAAAUGAACAAUCAAAACUUGCUCGGUCCGCUCAUGCAAUCGCCCGUUCUGGCGACUCCAAACAACGACAACAACAACAACGCUUUAAUUGGUGGAUCAGGAGAAGUCAAUAGUAACGGCCCGGGAUGGCUUACGCCCGGUUCCGUCAGUACUCCCGAUGGGUUCAUGAACAAUAAUAACGGAGUUCAAACGCCAGGAGCAUACGGCAACUACCGAUCGCGAUCGCCGAAUACAGUUUCGCAGAUUACCUCGGCCGAUGGAAGGAGCGUUCGCGUGAACGACUAUUCGGUCCAAGAAAAUCGCAUGUUUGAGAAACCUCUGGGAAGCGCGUUAUUGCGUUACCUUCCGGAAAUCUCUGCCGUCAUGUACGAUGUUUUCGGUGAAGGUUCUUUAAAUUACGAAGAGCGUUUGGCGUCAAGGAAACGACGAAAGAGCAUUAAGAAAGAAAACCGCGAAAAGAGGAAGAAUAGGAGUAAUAAUAACGGCGAAGAGCUGGACGGCGAUUUCGACGACGAAAACGGGGGGAAUGGUCGCAACAAAAUCGCAAAGAGGACGAAACGGCAAGGGUCGGCUAAAGAUACGGAAAAAGACGAAGACGACGAGGAAGAAAUUCGAAGAAAGCAAGAGCUAAAAUUAGCGAACGAGAAGGUGCUUCGUUCGGGCGUCCGCGAGGCUCUGAGAUGUUGCGGCGAAAUGGCUGCCGCGCUUCAGGAAUCUUGGAAACCGCACGUAUUGAACGUCUUGCCGACAAUGUUUGCUGUUGGUCUGUCCAAAUCCUUAGUCUCUUCGUUGGAAACAAUCACGGACGCGUUACCAGACUUGACUUCACAAAUCCAAAGUCGCUUAUUCGAUGCCGUGUCCAUGGCGACUAGGACGACGAACGCGGGUAGCGGCGAAUUUGGGCAUCAUCAUAACCUCCUCGGUUUUGAAGGCGCGAUGUUUGAACAUCCAUCGUCUGAUGCGACCAAUGGUCAACGAAGAGUUUCGCGACGAACACUCGAGCUCGCAUUACGCACCAUGCGCUCGUUCCCGUUCGAGUCUCGAUUGUUGCUAAAAUUUGCGCGACGUAACGUCGUCCAACAUUUAGAUAACCCUUCCGUGGACGUGCGAUUGGAAGCGGCGUUGACGUGCUGCCACUUGUUGGAGCUGAAGCAAAUUUCGCAAAAGCCUUCUCCCUCUUCGUAUCAUCGACAAAAUCAAUACAGCGCUUCGAAUCGAAACGCGUUGAUGCUACUUAACGGUCAGUCCGACGCUAAACCGCAAGCGACGAGGGAUGUCAUCAUGGAACGGUUGUUGCAACUGUCGGUGGCGGAUUUAGACGCUAACUUUCGAGCGUCAGUUUUGAGGGCAUUUGUGAUUGGCUGUCGCGCGAUUGAUUCGUAUUUGUCGCAAGCGCGGUCCUUGAGAGCAUUAUUCGUGGCUUUGAACGACGAAAAUGUGGUAGUGAGAGCUCUGGCGAUUGAGUUGAUAGGCACGCGGCUUUCACCGAGAAACCCCGGGUAUUGUUUGCCGGCGUUGAGAGCGUACUUGUUGCAGCUCUUGGCAGAACUCGAAAGGUCAACAGAAUCUUCAGUCAGAGAAGAAUCGGCAAAGUUAAUCGCGACUCUCAUUCGUGCAUGUCCUCGAUUAUUCACGCCGCACAUUUGCCCGGUGAUUUUGAAAACAUUGACGAGGAUGUUGAGAGCGAAAGCGGAAGAUUCGAAAAGUAGCGGCGCUGGGGUUGUUGACGAUAAAAAGAAGGACGGUAAAGAUGCCAAAAGCGGAAAGAAAGAAAAGGGCAAGAAAGGUGGCAACGGCAACGACUCGAAUAAUAACAACGGUAAAGACGAAAACGCGAACGACUCGAGCGAUAAGUAUUACGAUUUCAACGACGACGACGCCUCCAAUCGCAAGAACAAGAAGGAAAAGAAGCAGAGAGACGUCGGUAACAUUACAAACGAAAGGCCAAAUUUAGACGACGAUGAUACGUCCAUGAAACAUCUGAACGAAGACCCGAUGAGUGCGCACGAUCACACGAAAAUCGGUAAAAUGUCUACUUCGGAUGCGAUGGCAAAAUCAUCGGCGUCGGUCUUUGUGCGCACGGCGGUGAGCGGUCGAGAGAAAGCCGCCGCGAUUGCCACCAUCGGCGAACUCAUGGAAGUUGGUGGACCGGCAACUAGGUUGCACGUGCCUGAGCUCCUCGUUUUGCUCAUGCAAGCUUUGAAGUCAAACGCUACGCGUGAUAUUGCCGUGAUCACUUUAGGUAAACUGGUAAAGCACUCCGGGUACGUCGUCGCUCCGUACGCCGAUCACCCGCAGUUGCUUCCGUUACUUUUACGCAUGGUAGCGACGGAGAAAGGCACAAAACGAGAAAACGUGUUGCGAACAUUGGGUAUUCUCGGCGCUUUAGACCCACACGCGCACAAAGAAAACGAAAUCAAACUAUACGGUCAAGGUUUACUCUCCGCGGCUGGCGUUCGAGGGGUGAAACAAUCCGCGGUGGCCAAAGCGGUGACAAACAACCCUAAAGCAGUCGCGGUUGAAGCGAAUGCGUACAUCAUGGGAGGUUUUGGUAAGAAUGUGAAUAAAAUAAAUUUAAAAACAGCUGGCGAUGACAAUUACCGCGACGACGACGAUGACGACGACGAAAAUUCGCACGACCUCUUACCGCUGAUGAACUUAACCACGGCGAGCGACGAUUUCUACCCGACGGUUGCCUUGAACGCGUUGUUAAGAGUAUUGAGAGAUAAAUCCAUGUCUAGUCAUCGACACAUGGUUGUUCGAUCGGUCAUGUUCAUUUUUCACAAUUCAUUAGGGUUGAACUGUGUUUCAUACCUACCGACCGUCCUUCCGGUUUUAUUCGACGUCAUGCGCACGUGCGACGACGCUUUGCGAGAGUUUAUGCUCUCAGAGUUGGCGAUUUUAGUAAGCGUGAUUAAAGCGCACGUGAGGAGAUUUUUACCGGAAAUUUUAGAAAUCAUUCACACGUUCUGGGGCAAUAACGCGCUUUUAAAAUCGACGUUGUUGCUGUGCGAAGAGCUGUCCAGAGCGUUGAGAGAUGAGUUUCGGUCGUAUUUGCCGGAGUUGUUGCCGAGGAUUGUCGCGGUGUUGGCGGACGCGGAGCGAUCUGGGAGGUACGCGGCAGUGCCGUACGUCUUGAGAGCGUUGGAAACGUUCGGGAGUGGUGUGGAUGAACACUUACACUUAGCAUUACCGUCGAUUGUUAGGUUGUUCAAACCGGGCGUAGCUCCGGUACCGUUUCAAGUGCGCCGAGCGGUCUUGGCUUCGUUAUCCAGACUUUUACCUCGCAUGCAGUGCGCGUCGUCCCAACACGCGAGUGCAAUUAUUGCUCCGCUAGCGCGCAUUUUGGAAAGCGACGACGCUAUUCUUCGAAAGUAUGCCGUGGAUGCGUUAAUUGCUCUGGAAAAGCCGUUAGGAAAUGAAUACCGGCUGUUCCUUCCCUCGAUUACUCGCGUCGCUCGCAGAGUGGGCCUGAAAGACAAACGUUUCGAAGCGAUGCGCGAACGCAUCGAAUCGGGCGGGAAGUUUCCUGCGGCGUUCGGGGCGCUUUCGAUCACCUCAAAUGCGAGUAUCUUUGGUAGCGAGGGUGUGCUCAGCCAAGAAGAAUACGAAGAGUCGAACGCGUUUGAUCCUCGAUCGAAUAGACCUCCGCCUCCGGUGCAACCACAAAAGCUCGUCGUCAACGAAUUCGCGUUGCGCAAAGCGUGGGAAUCGUCGCAAAGAUCCACAAAAGAAGAUUGGCUCGAGUGGAUGCGUCAGUUAUCGGUUGAAUUGUUAAAAUCUUCCCCGUCUCCGUCGCUGAGAGCGUGUGCGGACCUGGCGAACGUUCAACCUAACGUCGCUAGGGAUUUGUUUUGCGAAUCCUUCGUGAGUUGUUGGGCUGAGUUGUCCGUGGUGCACAGAGAGCAACUCGUGCGUUCGAUGGAAUCUGCGUUCACGUCACCGACGAUACCUCCGGAAAUUGUAGCGACUUUGCUCAACUUGUCCGAGUUUAUGGAACGUGACGAGAAACCGAUCCCGGUAGACGUGCGAACGUUGGGGGCCAUCGCCGAGCGGUGUCGCGCGUACGCUAAAGCUUUGCAUUACAAGGAGUUGGAGUUUACAUCCAUGCCAAACGAAUGCGUCGAGGCGAUUAUUGCGAUCAACAAUCAGUUGCAAUUGCCAGAAGCCGCUCUUGGGGUGUUAACGCAUCUGAGGAAUAAAAAAUUGGAAGUGAACGUGAAAGAGUCGUGGUAUGAAAAAUUAGGGCAAUGGGAAUUCGCGUUGGAGGCGCAUAAGAAGAAAGCGGAUGAGUUGGACGCGCGAGCGGCGAGAGAGGCAGAAAUUCUAUAUCAAAGAGAAGUUUCCUCCAGAAACCAUCAUCAGCAGUACUCGGGAGCAGCGCAAAGACCGCCAUCGCCGUCUUUUUCGUACCAUUACAAUCGACAACUCAUGUCCAAAGCCGAUCGCAUCGCGCGCGAGGAGGCGAGUUUAGGGCAAAUGCGAUGUUUAGCCGCUUUAGGUGAGUGGGAACGACUCAUCGCGUUAGCUAAGAGAGAGUGGCCGACAAACGAAGGCGGUGCACCGCAUUCCCACGCGAGCAAGAUUGGUAUCCAAGUAGGGGAAAACGGAGGGGACGCCAUCUCCGAGAGAAAGAUAAAAAAGCUCGUAUCGGCAAAACACUCGGUUUUAAGGGAUAAAGUUGCACCGUUAGCGGCUCGAGCGGCGUGGCAUUUAGGCGAUUGGAAAUCGAUGGAAAAGUACACUGUGCAUUACUCGAGCUCGAAACGAGAUCCCACGACCGGAAAGAACGGGUCUAGUGCGAACGGCUCCGGCGGCGAUAAGAAAGGAUCGGGUAAUACCUUGGACGAGAUGAACGGUAAGAAGAGCAAGCCGGAUAAUUCAACGCCGUAUUCCGAAGUCAACGCGUUGAUCACGCCCGGGGACGGGGAUUUCUACCGCGCCGUUCUCGCCGUUCGUCGCGCAGACCCGAUGGCGGCUUUAAGACACAUCGACGCGUCUCGAGAGGCGCUCGGUCAAGAGCUCGUGUCGUUGGUUUCCGAAUCGUAUGAUCGCUCAUACGGCGGUGUUGUUCGCGCGCAGCAGCUCGCCGAGCUCGAGGAAGUUGUCGAAUACGCUCAGUUACAAGCGAUGGCGCAACACGACCCACGCGCGAAACACAGACAAGAUGUCGUUCGUCAAAUGUGGCGCGAUCGCAUCUACGGCGUUUCGAGAGACGUGGAAGUUUGGCAAUCGCUCUUAGCCGUUCGAGCGCUAGUGCUCCCGAUGAGCAAAGAAACAAACACGUGGUUAAAGUUCGCAUCCAUGAAUCGUAAAGCCGGUCGUCAAUCGCAAGCGAAGAGAACUUUGGUUAGACUUUUAGAAUACGACCCGAGCGAGUUCUCCGCCGGUCAAGAAGGCUUCGGCGCUGGAUCCGGUCGACCUUUGGUCAUGUUUGCGUACUGCAAACACUUAUGGGGCGUUAACUCGAGAGAAGAGGCAUUUCAGCGUUUACAAUCGCUCGCGAGCGAGUUAUUUUCGGCGUCGUAUCAGCGCGAGAUGGAAGGUAGUCGAUUAGCUAAAGACGACGCAAAGUUAGUCUCGAAGGCUUUUUUGAAACUCGGGCAGUGGCGAUGGGAACUCGCCGAGGAAACGUUAGACGACGAUACAAUUUCCGACGUCUUGACUUCCUUUGGUACGGCUACAAAACAUUCAAGACACUGGGCGAAAGCCUGGCACAACUGGGCUUUGUUCAACGCCACCGCGAUGGAACACUACCAGCGUUUAGCCACGCAGCGAUUAAAUGUCAACGAAGAAAGAGACGCGCUCAAAGCCGCCGCAACGAGGCACGUCGCGCCAGCUAUAUCGGGUUUCUUUCGAUCGAUCGCAUUGGGUGGCUCCACGCCGCGUGAUAUGGGUGGUGCUCUGCAAGAUAUUUUACGCCUGUUAACCUUAUGGUUUAACUACGGCCAUUUGCCGGAAGUCGAAGCCGCGUUGGUUGAAGGUUUCGGUCACGUUUCCAUCAACACGUGGCUCGCAGUAAUUCCCCAAAUUGUUGCUCGAAUUCACUCGAAUUCACCACCUGUUCGACGAUUAAUUCAUCGAUUAUUGGUUCGCGUUGGCCGUCAGCAUCCCCAGGCGUUGUUGUAUCCAUUACUUGUCGCGUGUAAGUCGCAAUCGACCACUCGACGCGUCUCCGCCACGGCGGUUCUAGACAACUUGCGGAAUCAUUCCGCGCUUUUAGUCGAGCAAGCGGAAGUAGUAAGUUUAGAGCUCAUUCGCGUCGCGAUUGUUUGGCACGAAGCGUGGCACGAAGCAUUGGAAGAGGCGUCUCGUUUAUACUUUGGCGAACAAAACGUGGAUGGCAUGUUUGCAGUUUUGGCGCCUCUGCAUCACAUUUUGGAACGCACCGGCGCGGAGACGUUGCAAGAGAUGUCAUUCGCGCAAGCUUACGGAAGAGAAUUACGAGAGGCUCGUGAAUACUGCGAGAAGUUCAAAGAGUCCGGCCGCGAGGAGGAUUUGAAUCAAGCUUGGGAUUUAUAUUAUCACGUGUUCAAACGAAUCAACAAGCAACUGCCGACGUUGACAACUUUAGAGUUGAGAUACGUCUCGCACCGGUUGUUGUCGGCGAGAGAUUUAGAGUUGUCUUUACCCGGGAAUUAUAUUCCUGGUGGCGAACUGGUAACAAUCGCGUGGUUCGCGCCCACCAUGCAUGUCAUCACUUCCAAACAACGCCCGCGACGUUUACAAAUCCACGGCUCCGAUGGGAAAGAUUACGGUUACUUGUUAAAAGGUCACGAAGAUUUACGCCAAGACGAACGCGUCAUGCAGUUGUUCGGUUUAGUUAAUCAAUUGUUGAAUAGCACGCCUUCGACAUCGAGGAGAGAUUUAGCGAUUGCUCGAUACGCCGUCGUCCCGUUAUCUCCAAACUCUGGCCUCAUUGGCUGGGUUCCGAAUUGCGACACCAUGCACGUUCUCAUCCGAGAACACCGCGAGGCGCGCAAAAUUCCUUUGAACUUGGAACAUCGUUUAAUGCUCGCCAUGGCCCCGGAUUACGACAAUUUGCCGUUGGUGAAUAAAGUUGAAGUCUUCCGACACGCGUUAGAUAACACGCCUGGGAAUGAUUUAGCGCAAGUUUUAUGGCUCAAAUCGCACAGCUCCGAGCAAUGGCUCGAUCGUCGAACGACGUAUACGAGAUCCUUGGCCGUCAUGUCCAUGGUUGGCUACUUACUCGGUCUCGGUGAUCGACACCCGAGUAACCUUAUGAUUGAUAGAUACUCCGGAAAAGUUUUGCAUAUCGAUUUUGGCGAUUGUUUUGAAGCGUCUAUGCACCGAGAAAAGUUCCCAGAACGCGUGCCGUUUCGUUUAACUCGAAUGUUGGUGAAAGCGAUGGAAGUCUCCGGGAUUGAAGGGAACUUCAUCGGUACUUGUCAAAGAGUGAUUACGGUGUUACGAAGCAAUAAAGAUUCCGUGUUGGCUAUGUUAGAGGCGUUUGUUCACGACCCAUUGAUUAAUUGGAGACUUUUGGCGAAUCAAGCGACUGAGCAAAAUGGAUCCUCCGCGGAGCCUUCGUCCAACGCGAAUUCUACGGCGAACAACAGCGGAAGCGUCACGCCGGCGGCUGGAACGAGUAGCGCGAAAUCGAGUCCAUUGGCGAGGCAUACCAUUUCUCGCGAUGCCGAGGAACCAUCAUCAAAUAAUAACAUUAAUAACGAUACUCUCGUCGCGGGAGACGGUUCCAGUGGUUCUGGCUCAGCAACCCCAGGUGGGUCUGAUGUGCCUUCCGGUCAAUCCUCUAGGGCGCCUUCGCGAACGCCGCCGCCCAAAACGCCAACCAUUCCUGAAAACGAAUCCUUCCACGCCGAUUUGGACGAGAAGAGUAAAGCGGUUGGUGUCGACAGUCGAACAAAUACCGCCGAUUUUGGGCACAACUCUUCCUCUCGAUUGGAUUCUGGCUCCGACGAUUUACCGAGAACUGGGCAAAAACCAGGCGCCGCGCCGAUGUUUAUGGACACGCCGAGCGGGCAAGUUCCGGUUUCCUCCUCCGUGAUGGGCGCGACGGCGUUACACGCGCAAUACGAAAACAUGCGCGAGUUUGGCGGUGGUGGUGGAAUGUCCGCUAUGAUUGGUACGGACAUGAACAUCCUCGGCGGUGUUGGCGAUCCGACAAACGUUUCGGUCGAUGAAUCCGAACACGGCGACGCCAACGAUCAAGACAGAUCUGUCGGCGGUAACCACCAACAGCAUCUCAAUCACCACUCAACUUCCUACGCGCAGCGCGUUAUGCAUCAACAGCUCGGUGCCAGUGGCGAUAUACAACACCAAAAUCAACACGCACAAAGCAGCGCUGCUGCUGCGGUUGCCGCCGUCGCCGCGGCCGCGGGGAAUUACGGCAGUAGCAUGUCCUCGUUCGAACCGGAAAUUUUAAAGCGCGACGAACUCAUCGACGCGUUGGACGGCAUAAACGACAACGAGGAUAAUAUGGUUUUGAACGAUCGAGCGGUGAGUGUCAUGCAACGAAUGAACGAUAAAUUAACCGGGAAAGACGGUUUAAUCGAAGCUGGUUCAGCGGUGGACGCUGGAGAUUCAGUCGAACAUCAAGUGCGACGGUUGAUUGAAAAAGCGAUGAAUCACGAGAACUUGUGCACUUCUUACAUCGGAUGGUGCUCUUUCUGGUAG